AUGACAGAACCAACGUUAAAUUUCCAUAUACAAACCCAUCAAAAUCAAUUCAAAAUCCCUCAUGAAUUGAUUAAAAAGAAUUUCAAACUCAUACAAAAACUAAUUGAAAAGCAAAGGAAACAAUUGAUUGAUGAUAUUAGUAAGAUCAAAAAAUGUAAAACCACAUCACCUAGUUUUAAAUUAGAAUUGAUUCAAAAAUUAAUUAAGAAUUUUGAAAGUUUUAUGAAAAAACUUCAGAAUUUUAUAAAUAAAGAUGAAGAAUUCCGAUCAAGAUUAAUUGCCAGAUUGGAGAAUUUAACCGAAUUACAACAAUAUGUGAUAACCAAUAAUGAUAAUCAAGAAGGACAAAAUCAUGAAGAAAGUACAGAGAAUAACAACAACAACAGAAACAACAACAACAAUAGUACUACCACUGAUGAUGAUAAGUUAUUGGAUUUCCAUAAUCCGAAUUUAAUAAAUUGGUAUCGUGAUCAAACUAAUUUACUUAUAGUUGAUUACUUGAUUAAAUCAAACACAAGAACUAGAUUUGAAGAUAACGGAGAAGAUAACCCAGGAAAUAUUGGAUUAUUAUUGCUCAAAAAUUUAACUAAAACAAAUCCUAAAUUAUUAAAAUUGAUUGAUUAUGAUUUAUUAGAAAAUUUCAAUAAAGUAUUUGUAUCUAUAAUUAAUAAUCAUGAUUUAUCUUUAAUUGUUGGUUGGUUUAAUGAAAAUAAAAAUUUAUUAAAUAAAAUCAAUUCCAAUUUAGAAUUUGAAAUUAAUUAUUGUAAAUUCUUAACAUUAAUUGAAAAAGGUGAUAUCAAUGAAGCAAUUAAUUAUUCACGAGAGAAUUUAUCUGGGUAUGGAAAUAAAGAAAAUUAUCAACAAACCAAUAAUAAUAAUAACAAUACUUUUAGUAAUGGUGAUACAACCAGUACCAAUCAUUUAACCAAUUUGGAAAGAUUAAAAGGGUUAGGAGGAUUAUUAGUAUUCAGAUCAAUGGAAAACAAUAACAAAAACAAUAAUGAUUUAAAUUCAAAUGAUACUCCAUUGUCAAGUAAAUUGAUGCUUAAUUCAACUCCAUUUAAGGAGUAUCAAAAAUUAUUAUCAAAUGAAAGAUGGGAAAGUUUAGCCCAAUGUUUUAUUGAAAAUUUUACUAAACUAUAUGGAAUAAGUAAAAAUUUCCCCAUUUAUAUUUAUCUUUCUGCUGGGUUAUCAAGUUUAAAAACAAAAUCAUGUUAUCAUAAUGUUGAAAACACCAUUUUCAAACAUUCUACUGGUAAUGGUAUAGAUUACGACAACGGCAAUGACGACUACGAUGAUGACGAUGACGAUGACGAUGAAGGAGGAGUUAUAGAUAGCAAUUUGUCAUUUAUAUCAGCCGAAACAACAACCAACACUAACACCACUAGUAAUUCUGGUAAACUGUUAUUGAAUGAUCCAAAAUAUCGUGGCCCAAAUCAUUAUUAUAAACUUUUGAAUAAAAUAAAUAAUUGUCCAAUUUGUUCACCUGAAUUAUUCAAAUUAAGUCAAAAUUUGCCUUAUGCACAAUUGAUUACUAGUAUAUUCAACAAUCCAUUUAAAUUACCUAAUGGUAACAUAUACCCAUUUGAUAAAUUAUUGGCUCCAACAGAUAAAUAUUUAUCGGAAAAGAAUACUUUAUUAAGAGCAAAUAAAGUUAAAGAUCCUUUAACAAGAGAAAUAUUUACAAUAGAUAGUUGUAUAAGAGUUUUCCCAGCCUAA